CAUCGAUGCAGCUCCCACACACACGUCACAGACUCCACAGCGUCGUCGAUGAGGCUCCUGGUCGAGCCGGUGCCAGCCAGAGUAGCUCCAAGCAAGCCGGCCACAGACGAUGGCUCGCCCAAGGGCGUCACCUCGGCAGCGAAUGACAAAGAUGUACCCAAGGUCGCGGCAGAUACCAGCGUUGCUCUCGAGGAUGCAGAGCUCGACUUGGAGGCACAUGCGCAGGCGCAGAUCAUCUACAGAGAGCCUAUGCUUACUCGGAUCAUACGUGAAAGGGGCGACUUUGGCAAGCUGACCGCCCAAGCUGUACAAGAUGGCAGAGCAGAGCCGCUCGUGCUGCGACAAGCGCAACGACUGGCAAACGCUGCACAGGAUAAGGGCUCAAUCACGGAUGAAGCCUUGAGGGAGAUGCGUAACGACAUGCUUGCUUCGCUGGGACAAGCUUAUGGCGAGCUGUCGACUGCUAUGGACCUCAUCAAUGUCAUUCUCUACCCACUCAAUGCGCUUCGACCGAAUCCUCCACUCGAUGCCCUGCCCCUGCAACCAGGCGCACUUUCGGUAUCCGUCAUGACACCGAUUUUGCCUCCGCCGCGUCCGUCUGCUCAAGCCGCUCAGACAGCCAUUGCCCUAGGCACCAUCUCAGAGACCUGCACAAAUGUAUCGCGCUCCUUCCAUGAAGCUGCGCAGAGACUCGGUACGCUAGCAGGAAGCAGCGAGACGUCUUUCAAGCGAAUGCUCGAGUGGCGCGACCGAGGCCAUCGAAUAGAGGCCGCUCCCGUGCAGAACGACGUUCGCUCUGGUCAGCCGCCCACGAACCGACAGCUCGAUCGCGUCUCGCGUAAUGUGCUCGCGCCUUGCGCUUACGUAGAGUGCGAUCGAAAACGCAGGAGAAUACAUGGCGUAUUCAAGAGAAGCAAAGAAACCGCGGAGCAUGACUUUGAUAUUCCGCGACGGACAGCUCGAUUGCGCAUCUCUGUGAAAUCAGCAGAUCAGACCACGUCCACUUACAGUCGACCGGUUCUGGCCGAAGAUGCCUCGCAAGCUGCGGCCCUAGAGUAUGAGCAUGCCAAUAUUCUCGAUGACGAGCUUUGGGACUGUCUGCGAGCCGAGCUACAGUCACUGUCGCAGACUUAUGACACCGACAUCGAGCCAGAGCUGAUGUCGGCUCAUCUCCCCACGGGCGCAUCUCUCACGAUCUCAGAUACAGAUGAUCCGCCAGAUAACCCAGAGCUGGCCAAGCUCGUCUAUUCACUCCUUCUCAUGCGCUAUCUGACCCGAUUGCGAGACCGCCGCUCAAUAUCUUCAAGGGAAGUCGUCGUCGUGAAGCCUGUCUUGCAGCUUCUAGGCAUGCUCGAGCGUAUCAACCAAGUAACGAGUACUUGUAAGACUGUUCUGGACCAUCUCACCGCAUGCCGAUUUACACGAUACGCAAUCGACGUGCACCAUUUGGCCGGCAAGGAAGACCUAUCGGCUCUUCUGAGUCAGGCACAUCCGAACGGCGAUCUCACGACUUUACUCGACCUGACGCGAGAUGGCGUCCCUGUGCUUACGAUAUCAGUCGGCUUGGAUACUGUGUCAAUAUUGCAGCCGACGCGAGCAAUGGCAAUAGAUUCGAAAGCGCAGCUCGAGCUUGCUCUACAAGCCGCGGUCCCCGCCUUGGUUUGCCAAGAGAUCGGCAACCAUCUGAAAGCCAAGGGGAUACCUUUCAAAUCGACAAGCAGUCGAGAAAUUCGUACGGCUACCGAGAGCGGCGGGCAACGAACAUUCCGCAUCGCAUACAGCCUCGCUAUAGAGCAAUACAAUGCAAUCCUCUGCAUCGGACAAAUCGUGUCUUAUGUCGCUCUGUUGCGUGCAGUGCCUGAUGGCUUUUGUCUCUGUGUUCUUCUUCGUGUACGGAUACCUUAG